AUGGACUCUCCUCUGCUCGCCACAACCACACCGGCUCUAUCCCCUCAUGCUCACGACUCUUCCCCGCCAGAGUGUUGUUCUGCCGACUUCGACGCUUACGCCGAGCGUGUCCUAUCUACCAUACUACGAGACUAUGUGGGCCGCCGAGAUUUCGCUCUCUAUGCGGAUGGAGGCGGGGUGAUGGAUGAGCUUACGGUCCCCUUCCCGAGCUACUCAGCCGAACACGCGUCGAAUUCUUCGUAUCCACCGGAAAUCGCACUCCAGGACGACAUGCGAGUCGGGAAAUGCUGGUUUAUCCCUUCCCAACGCGCGCAGCUCGCCAUCGUCCUCCCCCGCAUGGUCUACCCGACCCACGUCACUGUCGACCACAUCCCCCUUGUCAUCACCGCAGACAUCGGCGAAGCCCCCAGGAACAUGCGUCUAUGGGGAAUGAUCGACGGCCUGCUCAAUCGGGCUCGACAUAUCAACCUGAGCUCCUCCUACGAACUUCCAUCGGCCGACGGUCGUCAUACCCCGCCUCUUGCGGGAGAUCGCUCGUACGUUCUUCUUUCCGAGUUCCAAUACGACAUCAAUGCUCUCUCGCCGAUCCAGACGUUUCAUGUUGACUUGCAUAUUAUUGAUUCCCGUAUGUACUUUGGCGUUGUGGUGCUAGAGAUCGUCGACAAUUGGGGUAGCAAUACGACGUGCCUCUACAGGGUACGAGUGCACGGCGACCCUAAGGAGCCGUAG